AUGUCGACAACGGUCUCUGUGGAAGCGUUGAAGAAAGCGGUGGGACAUAUUUAUCCGGACCAACCUGUCGCAUGGAAUAAGCGAGACCUUCUCAUCUACGCUAUUGGCAUCGGGGCGAAAGCGAAUGACUUUCCUCUGGUUUACGACAAGAACUUCGCCGCUUUCCCAACGUUCCCUGCCACUUUCUUCCUCAAAGGUGCCGACCAGGACGUGAACCUCUUCGCAUCCAGAGUGGCAAGCGCCACGUCGCCACCCGGUCUCCCAAAGUUCGAUCCGAAUCGCGGUGUGCACGCCACACAGACUAUUGAGAUCCUGAGGCCUCUUCCGUUGGUGAGUGGGGACGGAUGGAAGAUGAACAGGCGGUUGACGGGUAUCUCGGAAAAUAAGUCGGGGGUCAUACUCGAGAACGAAUACACACUCGUCGAUCCUAAGGGUACACCCUACGCCAAACUCUUCUCCGCCUCCUUCAACCUCGGCGCCAAACUCACCGGCACCCGCUUCUCGCACACGAUCGCCUCUCCCCCAAAAUCUACAAAAUCGUUCGAUCCGAAAAGUAAGCCCGACUGGACGAUCAGGGAUAAGACGAGCACGGAACAGGCGUUGAUAUAUCGCUUGAGCGGGGAUUACAAUCCGUUGCAUAUCGACCCCUCGAUUGGCGCCCGCACUGGCUUCGGUGGCGUAAUCCUGCACGGCCUCUCGACCUACGGUUUCGCCGCGCGUCACCUCGUCAGCGCGAUAGGCGGGAACGACCCCUCGUCUCUGAAGUAUUUCAGUGCGAGGUUCACGAGCCCUGUGAGGCCGGGGGAUGAGCUUGAGACGAGGGCGUGGGAGUUGGGGGGUUUAGGAGAUGAGUGGAGGGAGAUAGGGUUUGAGACGUGGGAUUUGAGUUCGGGGAGGUGUGUUAUUGGAGGUGGCGUGGCGUGGGUCAGGAAGAGUGCGAGUGCGGAGAAGGCGAAAUUGUGA